UCUCUUUUUCUUAUGCUUUUAUUUUGUUCAUUGCUACUGCAUGUCAUGUUGCUUCACACACACUCUAUACUUCAUGUUAGCAAAAUGGUUCACUCCAUCUUUUGUCAUCCAACUUGCCAAUUAUGUUUCUUGUUACGAAAAUUUGAAUAACUACAACUUUAAUACAUAUAUGUUUUUGUCACCCUUUGAAAUUUUCAGAGAAUAAGGGAUAUUUAGAGGCCAGGGGUUAAAUUAAAUAUUUGUUAAAGGUCUUUCAAAUUGAUUGAAGGAACUGCAUUUGGAUUUGCAUGAAUUGUACCAGAAGACAUGGCUACUGCAAAUGGUGGCACCGGAACUGAGGAGCACAAGAGAAAAACCAAUGAUCAUUUUCUUAAGUCAGGGGGACACACAAACAUGCCAAGGUCACCUAGAUUGUGCACACCUAUUAAAAAGGAAUGGCCAGAAAAUUUGCCAAAGGACAAUGUGAUUGGUAAUGAGGAUAAUGGUUUGAAUAGAUAUGUUACUUCCUUAGCUGGAUCUGGACUUCCUAGUACUAGUUUUUGUUCCACAACAGAUUGCGAACACAUUGUUGAAGAGUUAACUGCUAGGAACUAUAAGAACCAGAAUAUUGAUUUAGUUAGCCACACAAGACAUGCUCAGAGGAAUCAAUUCAUGAUUGAGUCUAAGUAUAAUAGCUUGAGUAAAGAAAUUGUCCCCAAGGUUGAGGAACAGAUGCCGCUCAGAUUAAGCAAAGGACUUAAGGGAAUUGAUUCUGAAUUUUGGGGGCUGAAGUCUCUGCCUAGUAAGAGUGUAAAUCAUGACUCGCUAAAAGUCUCAGCGGAUAUAGGCAAUAUAAACAAGGCUAUCAUCUCAAACAAUGCACAUCAUAUUAGCAGUAUAGCUCAGAGUACUUCAUCUGCAUAUAACUAUCCACAAUUGAUUGUAAAGCAAACAAGGAAGGGAAAGGGGGUUAUUUCCAAGGAUGUAGACAAGAGCUUCAGAAUUGAAGGAGCACUUGAGAGCAAGGAGGAUGAAAAACCUGCUUUUACAGCCAAGUUUCAGUCUGAUACACCGCUGAGAUCAAAUGUUGAUGAUAAUAAGCCCUUAUUAGAAGGAACUGUCAUGUCUGGUAGCAAUGGACUCAACUUAAGAGAGUGGCUGAAGUCUGAAGGUCUUAAAAUGAAGAAAUCAGGAAGGCUUGGUAUAUUUAAGCAGAUGUUGGAAUUGGUUGAUUUUGCGCAUUCACAAGGACUUGUCUUGUUAGACUUUCAACCAUCUUUUUUCACUUUAUUGCCUUCAAGUAAGAUUAAGUACAUUGGUUCAUAUGGCCAUCAAGAGUUAGAUGAUGAAGUCAUGACAUGCAAUGUGAGUAGGAAAAGACCUCUGAAGCAGAAUACCUGUGCUUGCCAAAAUUUGAGUACGAAGCAGCAAAAGCUCUCUGAGGAGACAGGAUCUUUUAGGAAGCAGCAUCACUUCACCUGUAUUCAUGGUAGCAGGACCACAAUGAACCAAACUGACUGUGACUCAAACAGACCCUUGGAAUCAAGGAGUAAAGAAAGUAUGUGCAAAAACAGUUCUAGUUGUCAAUGUACUUGUACUGAAGAAAAGCAGUUUCAGUCAGCAAGCAUUCAGUUAGAAGAGAAGUGGUAUUGGAGUCCAGAAAUGCUCAAUGAUGGAGUUUGCACAUUUUCAUCAAAUAUUUAUAGCCUUGGAGUUCUUCUUUUUGAGUUGCUGUGCAAUAUUGAGUCACGGGAGGCCCAUUCAACUGUGAUGAUGGAUUUAUGUUAUAGAAUCUUACCGCCUAAAUUUCUAGCGGAAAAUCCAAAGGAAGCUGGGUUUUGUCUUUGGCUUCUGCAUCCUGAACCUUCUUCUCGCCCCAAUUCCAGGAUGAUUUUGGAAUCUGAACUUAUAUGUGAAUCAGAGGAAUCAAAUUCUGUUGAUGAUGUUGGAAUAUCUGAUGAUGAGGCUGAAACAGAUCAAUUACUACAUUUUCUAAUUUCACUCAAAGAAGAAAAGAAUAAACAGGCAGCCAAGUUGGAAGAAGAGCUAAAUUUCUUGGAUGAAGAUAUUAAGGAGAUAGAAAGGAGCUAUUCAUUGGGGACAGAUUCAGUAUUUCCUUUGGCACAAACGAACAAUCCUGAAGUGAGAGCAAGCAGUUUACAUUCUCAUGAUUCUCUCAGUUCAGACAUUAGUAGACCCAUUCAAAGGUCAUUUGUUGAUGAAGAAAGAUUUUUGAGUAACAUAAAUCAGCUAGAGGAUUCUUACUUUUCAACAAGAUCUCGGGUCCUGCUGAAAGAGGCUUCAUCUGUUUCAAGCAAUGAUAAAAAUUUGAUGGAAAGUAGACCGAGGUUGCCUCAUGUGGAGAAUGUUAAUAAGGAGCCUAGAAGAAUUCAGAGUUCUGUUGGUUGUCUAGGAUCCUUCUUUGAAGGUUUAUGCAAGUUUGCUCGUUACAGCAAGUUUGAAGAGUGUGGAAGAUUAAGAAAUAAAGAUCUGCUAAGUUCUGCCAAUGUAAUGUGUGCUUUAAGUUUUGACCGUGAUGAGGAUUACAUUGCAGCAGGAGGAGUUUCAAAGAAAAUCAAGAUUUUUGACCUCAAUGCUAUUUCAAGCGAUUCUAAUGACAUCCAGUACCCAGUAGUUGAGAUGUCAAAUAAAUCAAAGCUUAGUUGUGUGUGCUGGAACACUUGCAUAAAAAAUCAUCUGGCAUCUACUGACUAUGAUGGUGUGGUUCAGAUGUGGGAUGCAGACACAGGUCAGCCAUUGUCCCAAUACAUGGAGCACCAAAAAAGAGCUUGGUCUGUUCACUUUUCUCAGUCUGACCCAAAAUUGUUUGCUAGUGGAAGUGAUGACUGCUCUGUCAAACUCUGGAAUAUCAGCGAGAAAAAUUCUCUGGGAACCAUCUGGAACCCUGCCAAUAUAUGCUGUGUUCAGUUCUCUGCUUACUCAACAAAUCUUCUAUUUUUUGGAUCUGCUGAUUACAAGAUUUAUGGUUAUGAUCUUCGUCAUACUAGAAUCCCUUGGUGCACAUUAUCUGGUCAUGGAAAAGCUGUUAGCUAUGUAAAAUUUAUAGAUGCUGAAGCAGUUGUCUCAGCUUCCACUGACAAUUCUUUGAAACUUUGGGACCUGAAGAAAACCAGCUCUUCUGGUUUGUCAUCUGAUGCUUGUGCCUUAACUUUUAAAGGUCAUAGUAAUGAAAAGAAUUUUGUGGGAUUAUCUGUUUUGGAUGGAUACAUUGCAUGCGGUUCAGAAUCUAAUGAGGUAUACUGUUAUCACAAAUCACUUCCAGUGCCAAUUGCCACUCAUAAAUUUGAGUCAAUUGAUCCAAUUUCUGGUCAUCAAAAUGGUGGUGAUAAUAAUGGACAAUUUGUUUCAAGUGUUUGCUGGAGAAAGAAAUCUAACAUGCUUGUUGCUGCCAACUCAGUUGGAAUCGUGAAACUGUUGCAGAUGGUCUGACAGAAAAGAGAAAAUAAUUGGCUAACACUGAAACCUGAAAAGCAGUUCAUUGCCUGAUUCCAUCAUAUUUUGAUUUAGUAUCCCUGUCAGAAGACUAAGCAUGCAUUCUAUUUGAGAUGAACUCUCAGACCAGUUCUUUAUUCAGGCUUCAAUGAUUAGUGGUGAAUAAAGUUUAAAUGGGGUCUAGAUUUGAUUGCUUCUGAGGCAAGCAUCAACGAGCCCUUAUUUUCCAUGCUUUAGAAAUCCUUUGAAGAAACUGUUUUCUGCAAUAUGACAAGAGGAGCAUUUUUUUCUUAAAAUCUGACAAAUAAACUCAACAAGAUAGCAUUUACAAAUGUUGGCUUUUGAACUGAAGCACUGGUGAAGCUGGAGCUGCAGGUCUCUUUCAAAUAUCAAUAUGACAUGCGAGGUUUCCUCUGAUGAUUCUGAUCCAUUACUUCUGUAUAUAGCACACCCUCCAAAGAUGAGAUACAAACUAAUUACCUUGUCUUCUAAAUCACUUUUAGUUUAUCAGAGAAGUACAGUAUAUGAUCUAUGCUUUGCAUUUACUUGCAAAAACUAACUGUAGUUUAUGUAAUGGUUCAAAUAUUAUUGUUACACCUUUUAAAAUUGUGCAAAAGUUGCAUGUUUAUUCUUA